AUGUCAAAUGUGCUUAAAGGCUUUUGGCCACAAGGUCCAUCCGAUCAAGAAACUCCAAGGGCCAGUUCACGCAACGAUGAUCAAAAUCCGUUCGAUUCUUUCGCUCCUUCUGUGCCCCGAAUGAGUAGUGUAAACGGAGGAGGGGGAGAAGAAAGCAAUAGCUCGACCUCAUCCCAAAGUAAAGGUCAGCUUGCCACUUCUUUCAGUACCGAUCAAUCAGGCUUGCGGACUCCAGGAGCGGUUCACAGUCAUGCAAGUGUACCUACAACCAGUAUCUCAACAACUGCGCCUGACUUUUCCAUGACCCUGCCACCGCCAAAAGCAAAGCAGAACACAUCUACAGAUUCUUCUUCGGCAACGUCAUCAACACCCGCUUCGACAUCAUCAGGUCAAAGUAGUGGAGCAACGAGAAAUACAUCUGCACCUAGAGGUAGAUUGGUGGUCAAAUUGAUUGAAGGACGUAACUUGCACAAGAGUGUUGCACUGCCAUAUGCGGUUAUCUCUUUUGAACAGAAUGAAUUCAUUGCACGCAAUCCAAUCGCCGAAAAGUCCAAUGGACCUCAUAAUCCAGUGUGGGAACAUGAAGCAUUCUUUGAUGUGGUUCAGGCAGACAAAGCACUACAUAUCAGCGUGUAUGAUCGUGAUGCGGAGGAAGAAGGAUUCUUGGGAAUGCGGCAAAUACGUCCACGUUUGAUCCAUGGAGCAUCAUCCGAUCAAUGGUACCCACUCUUGGCACGGGAAGAUACAGAAGCAGAUACACCCCAAGUAAGAGGUGAAAUUCGUGUCAAGGUAAGCUACGAGAAGACGUUGAACAAGAAGCAUUUGAAUCCUUCCGAUUUCGAAUUCUUGAAACUGAUCGGUAGAGGAACGUUUGGAAGAGUGUUCCAAGUGCGAAAGAAGGAUACAAAGCGCAUUUAUGCAAUGAAAGUAUUGUCGAAGCGGGAAAUCGCAAUCAAGAAGGAAGUGUCACACACGAUGGGAGAGCGUAAAAUUCUGGAAAAGUCACUCGAUUGUCCUUUCUUGGUCGGACUGAAAUUUUCGUUCCAAAGUGCUCAUGAACUGUACUUUGUUACAGAUUACAAGUCUGGAGGAGAAUUGUUCUGGCAUUUGCAACGAGAAGGAAGGUUUACGGAAGAACGUGCACGGUUCUAUAUCGCAGAAUUGGUGCUUGCACUUGAACAUUUGCACAAGUAUGAUAUCGUUUAUCGGGAUCUUAAGCCUGAGAAUAUCUUACUUGAUGCAACCGGACAUGUGGCACUCUGUGAUUUCGGAUUGAGUAAACCUGAUUUAGGCGCAGGCCAACUUACGACAACAUUCUGUGGAACGACCGAGUACCUGGCACCGGAAGUAUUACUGGACGAAUCUGGAUACUCCAAAUUGGUCGACUUUUGGUCAUUGGGAGUAUUGUUGUUCGAGAUGUGUUGUGGUUGGAGUCCUUUCUACGCCGAAGAUACACAACAGAUGUAUAGAAAUAUCUGUUUCGGUAAGAUUAAAUUCCCACGUGGAGCGAUUGGAGAUGAUGGCAAACAAUUUGUCAAAGGUCUGCUCAACCGUAAUCCGAAACACAGAUUGGGUGCAGCAAAUGAUGCAAAAGAUCUUAAAGAUCAUGCGUUCUUCAAAGAUAUCGAUUUUGAUGCAUUAUCGCAAAAGCAACUUACGCCUCCUUUCAAACCAUCUGUCGAAUCGGAUGAAUCAGUUGCCAACUUUGACCCGGAGUUCACAGAAACGGAUUUGAAACAGAUGACAUUCAUUCCAGGAUUUGAUGGAGAUGUGAAUGGUGCAGGAGAAAAGGCAAUUGGAGGUGUACAAGGGGGAGAUAAUGGAAGUGGAAAUGGAGCGAUGGAUAUUCAAGGCCGGACAGGCGAACCUGAAGAAGAGGAAGAUGAACUUACACGAUCGAUUCAAGAUAAAUUUAGAGGAUUCAGUUAUAGUGGAACGUAUGACGGAAGUGUGGCAGGCAGCUUUGGCGGAAGGAGAGGAAGUGGAGGAUUCGGUGGAUUGGCAGGAGCAAGUUUAGGAAUGAGUAGAAUGAACGUUGAUGAUGAUGAUCAACAAGAUCAUUUCCCUCAUCAUUCUUCAAACAGUCGUACUGCCACUGCUGCUCCGCGUGAUCCUUAUGAUGUAGAAAUGGAUGCCUGA